AUGGCGAGAUCUCUCCAACCCAGCCCAGCCCUGGACAUGCUCUUGGGUGACGAUAUGGGGGGAGAGACCGGAGAGGACAGCGAAGUGGUAGACAUUGACGACAACGAGCUCGAUAGGGCAAUCAAGGCAACGCCGCCCAACCCGCAGUAUGCCUUGGAGUUAGAGGUUCGCAGACGUCAAGCCCCGCGCGUUUUGCCCGGCCUCCGUGGAUCUUCCCGAGCUUCCGUCCCGCAUAUCCGCUCGAGGAGCGCCGACGGGAGAGGCAGGGGAAGCCGAAAACUCGGGAGACUGGCUGAUUUGUCCGAACGGCUCCGGUCUAUCCCGCCCUGCCCUGGAACUGGUGACUUCCAAGACGGAGAUCUGAUAGCUGAAGGGCCUGACUGGGAAGUUGGUUCCUGGUACAGGGGUAGACGCCAACCUCCCUUGGCAGCCCGUCUUGAUACCAUCAUCAAGUUCCUCGCCGAGGAGGAUGUGGAUCGGUGUAUAGACUGGGAGCUGAAGUUCGAGGAGAUCGUUUCCUAUCUGGAGUGGCUCGCGCUCGAAGACGCCAACUCCCAACUGGACCACGCUCGGCCACAGACACAAGCCAUGUUCAACGAUGCAGUCACCAAGGCAAAGGCCCAUGUUCUUUUCGAACAGCACCACUACAACCCCACAACCAUUGAAUUCACCAAACCGUCCAAGACACCUUUCAGAUCGACACGCCUCAACUGGAUGGUCAACGCGCAGGACUGGCCUCUCCCCUCCCACAACCUGGUCCCCAACCGCCGCAACCUCCUCCCCAGGCCCAUCCUCCCCCACACCCCCGGCCCCGUCAACAGGAUGCUCAUUGACCGACCCGAAAGCGACCGCCUCUACAACAAACUCGCCAAAGACCAGCGAGACUGGUGGCACCGCAUCGCCAUCACCCGCCUCGCCGUCAUCCCCCCGGACGCGGAGAAUGCCUCGGAGCGAGACAACCUCGCCUACCACGAAGACCAAGCCUUCACCACCUUCACCCGCUCCACCGACACCACCAACUGGAUCACCACCGACGCCACCGGCACCACCAUCCUCCCCAACAACCGCCGCGUCCGCCCCGGCGCCGCCGUCGACUACGCCCAAGAACGCGGCGCCCGCCGCGCCACCCUCCAACUCACGCUGCGCACCCUCCCCACCACCCCGCCCACCACCCCCCACCACGCACGCCUCCUCCUCCUCCCCACCCGGGAGGCCACCAUCAGGCGCAUAGUCAUACUCGCAGAAAGACGCUGCUGGAUGAGGACCAACCUGGGGAGAGUGAGCCAAAAGCGUGAAGCGGCGCGAGCUGGCGCGUCGGCGCGUCGAGGAGGAGCAUGCCAAGAAGGAUGCGCGGUGGGCGACGCUGCCGCGGAAUGUGGUGAGUGGCGGGCCGGUGGUGUGGCGGGGGCUGGGUGCGGAUGCGCAGGCGAAGGAGGAUUUGUUGCGGCGGUGUUGGGUGGUGGUGGAGGUUUUGAGGGCGGCGGGGAGGAGGGGGCCGGGGAGGGAGUUGUUGGGGAUGGUGUUGGGGUUGGUGGAGAGGGGGGUGGGAGGGGGAAGUUUGUGGGUGUUGGGGGGCGCCGGUGUGGGUGCGCAGAUGAGUGGGAUGUGGUGGAUGGGAGGAGGGUGCCGAGGUAUUUGGAUGCUGGGGAGGUGGAGUGGUUGAGGUUUUUGGGGGGGGAGUGCGUGAAUGGGUUGAACUAUACGGGGCGGUUUUUGCCGGAUACGCCGAGGGAUAAGUACAGGCUGUUUCAGCUGUUUGCGAAGAAGGUGAAGAAGCUGCUAGAUGAUAAGAAUCCGGAGGGGCUGUUUAGCUCGCAUGACGCCAGCGUCGAGGUCGAGGACCUGUUGAAGGCCAUCAAUGCUGGGAAAGACAGCAGCGCGGUUGUCAAGCACGAGUUCAAGCCGCAUGAUGCCUGCAAAUGGCUCGACAGGAUGAAGGAUAGGGGGUAUCUAAGGUUCCACCUCGACCCAACAUGCUACGGCGUCGUCAGACGCCCUAUCUGCGACUACUUCCCAGAGCACCGCGUCAUCUGGCCACGGCAAACACCAACCGGCGACCACAAGCGGCCCAGCUACCACCCCGAUUCCAUCGCCGACUGGGACACGGUCAUCAACGAGGGCGAGGAACCCCGCAUCAGCGAAGGCAGCGACAUCUGGGAAUUCUUCCAGGCCCUCGCCUUCCGCCUCGGCUACACCAUCUCCAUGCUCGAGCAAGAACGCCGCCAACACCCCCCGCAACCCAUCCCCGCCACCCACCUCCGCGACUCCAUCCGCGCCUGGUCACGGACCUGCGCCCGCCUCGAACGCACCACACCCCCUUCCCCCACGGCUGCACCAACCACAGCCGCACCAACCGCAGCCACACCAACACCAGACAAACUCGACCUCAUCCGCACGCAGCUCAUCAACGAACUGCACCUCAACCAAACCAUGCUCGCGCCCGGCCGCGCCCAGCACUACCUCGACGCCUCCGGCACGCGCCAAACCGUCCUCGUGCGCGACCACAACUGGGACUGGGCGGCCAUCACGGGCGCGGGGCGCGCAGGGGAGAAGGAGGGGGGGCGUCAGUCCCGGAGCAAGAAGGGCAAGAAGGGGAAGAAGGAGAAGAGGCGCCAGUUCUGGUCCAUCAACCGGUGGCCGGUGGAGGACGGUGGCGCGGGGUAUCUGACCGCUGAGGCGGCGCGGGCGGUGCGGGAGGAUGCGUAUGCGGAUCCGGCGGUCGGGUAUGAUCCUGUGGCGGUGGAUCGGACGACGGAGUGGUGGUAUUUGAGGCCCAAGUUGCAGAGGUAUCGCCAGGAGAAGGCGGUGUUUCGGAAGGGGCCGGCGGUGUAUCCGGUGGGGGAUACGCGGCUGCAGAGGGAGGUGGUUAGGGAGAGGAUGGUGGAGAUGGUGGAGAGGGCUACUGGGCUAGACAUGGAAGAACCUACCUGGGGCGAGGCACUAAUGGCAGGACUGAAUCCCUUUUCACGCUCUCCAUCGCGCGUUGAGGACCGGGAGGCGGAGGGCAAGUUACCACCUGUCAAACCCGGGGAUAUUCCGAGGAGCUGGGAUCCCGUUGCCGAGGCGGAGCGCGCGGCUACCGUGGAGGCCGAGUCGGACUACGAAACGGAGGAGGACAUCGAUGAGGAGGAUGAGGUUGGAAGUGUAGAUGUGCCCAUGACUGGGAUGGGGGAGUCAUGGAUGACGGUAUGA